GGCUGAGGCGGCCGCCGCCGCCUCCCGCCGCAGCGCGGCUAUGGCGACUCUGGUGCCCUGCCGGUCCGCCGCCCGCCGCCUCCCGUUCCUGCCGCCCCCGGUGCUGGCGGCGGCGCGGCGCGGCAGCUCGGCGCUGCCCGCUGCCUUGCUGCGCCGGGGCGGCCUGGUGGACGGCCGCUGGGUGGAGGCGGCCGCCGCCUUCCCCGUGCGGGACCCGGCCAGCGGCGCCGAGUUAGGGCAGGUGGCCGACUGCGGCGUGGCCGAGGCGCGGGCGGCCGUGCGGGCCGCUCACGGGGCCGGCGCCGCCUGGAGCCGCCUCCCCGCCAAGGAGAGGAGCGCGCUGCUGCGCAAAUGGUACGACUUGAUGAUUGAGAGUAAAGAUGACCUGGCUAAGAUAAUAACAGCGGAGAACGGAAAACCUCUGAAGGAAGCACAGGGUGAAGUUCUUUAUUCAGCCUCAUUUCUGGAAUGGUUUGCAGAAGAAGCUCGCCGAGUUUAUGGUGAUGUCAUUCCAGCAUCUGCAAAAGACAGAAGAAUCCUGGCACUGAAACAGCCAGUAGGAGUGGCAGCUAUUAUAACCCCAUGGAAUUUCCCCAGUGCUAUGAUUACCCGGAAGGUUGGUGCAGCUCUGGCAGCUGGCUGUACGGUAGUAGUUAAACCUGCAGAGGACACACCAUUAUCAGCCUUAGCUCUUGGAGAGCUUGCAAACCAGGCUGGAAUUCCAGCGGGAGUGUAUAAUGUUGUUCCUUGUUCCAGAGAGCAGACACCAGCUGUAGGGGAAGUUUUGUGCACUGAUCCUUUGGUAGCCAAAAUAUCUUUCACUGGCUCCACUGCGACAGGAAAGAUACUGUUGAAACAUGCAGCUGGCACUGUGAAGCGAGUUUCCAUGGAGCUUGGAGGACAUGCUCCUUUCAUAGUGUUCAAUAGUGCCAAUGUGGACCGUGCAGUUGCCGGAGCCCUUGCUUCUAAAUAUAGAAACUCAGGGCAGACCUGUGUUUGCACAAACCGUUUCCUGGUGCAAAAGGGGAUCCAUGACAAAUUUGUGGAGAAAUUUGCUAAAGCCAUAGAGAGCGAGCUACGCGUUGGAAAUGGAUUUGAUGCAAAAACUACCCAGGGGCCACUGAUUAAUGAAAAAGCAGUGGAGAAGGUAGAGAGACACAUUAGUGAUGCAGUUUCUCAAGGAGCAUCCAUUGUGACUGGAGGGAAACGACACAGCUUGGGGAAGAACUUCUUUGAGCCAACGUUACUUAGUAACGUUACAACAAAAAUGCUUUGCACCCAAGAAGAGACAUUUGGUCCUUUAGCACCAGUUAUCAAGUUUGAGACUGAGGAAGAAGCUAUUGCUAUUGCAAAUGCAGCCAAUGUGGGUUUAGCAGGAUAUUUCUACUCUCAAGAUCCAGCUCAGAUCUGGAGAGUUGCAGAGCAGCUGGAAGUUGGAAUGGUUGGUGUCAAUGAAGGCAUAAUCUCCUCAGUGGAGAGUCCUUUCGGUGGAGUAAAACAGUCUGGCUUAGGACGAGAGGGUUCAAAAUAUGGCAUUGACGAAUACCUAGAAAUAAAAUAUGUCUGCUUUGGAGGCUUAUAAAAUUUUUCAAAAAGCACAAUCCCCAAAAGCUUGGAAAAUACUGCUGUAAUUUUAAUAAGCUUGUAGAGCCAGGAGUGUGUAUGAAUGCACCUUUUACCUUCUGUAAAAAUCAGUAAUCCUGUUGUGUGAAUAUGUGCAGAGAUGUUUACUAUAUUCCGUGCUGCCAUAUAUUAUUACACGCUCUGUGUUUAUACAUUCAAGUUUUCAGUAAAAUGAUCACUGUGUCUAUUAUGUCAUGUAAGGAGCAGGGAAGAAUACACGUCUAGUAUUUGUAGAUUACCCCUGUAUAAGUGGGAAGGACUUGGAGACUUGUGCAUAAUGAAAAUAGAUCAUCAUAAGUCAUGUAAAGGAAGAAAUAGACCACCUUUUUCUGCUCUAAUGUUUGUGUAGAACACGGGGAGAUGGUGGGGAGGGUAGUCUACUUUUAGAGUUUUGUGCAAAUAAUGACAUUUUCUAAUGCAGUUUUAUAACCCUUUUUUAGAAGCAGUAGUUUUGUUUUUAUUUUGUUAAUUUGUGGGAGAAGCUGAUGCUCAUGAAAGGUGGGGAAUUGCUUGGAUGGAUGUUAGCUACAGCUAAACAUCCUUGCAGACAAACACAGCUCUGUCAGUGCACAUUGAUGCCAACUGCGGAGGUGUUCAGCUUUGGGCUUGUCCUUGGCAGAGAGCUCUUAACAGCUUGGAAGUUCAGACUCAAAUAGGGCCUCGGCUGGUAUGUAUGUGAGCCCCAGGAGGCCAAGGAGAACAGCAGUGCAGAAUACAGAGAUGCUGCCUUAGUAGGCAGUUGGAGGAGGGUGCAAUGUUUAUUUGCAGGAAUAACUUGCAGAACUGCAAGGAGACAUAAGGGCUCUCUGAUAAGUCCCGAGUGGUGACAUAAUGAUAUACUUAAAUUCCCUUCUGUGAAAUGAAUGUGACUGUUCUCGGGAAGAGAGAGAGUCAUUGAUGUAAAUGUUGCUCCAUGUCUGAGGAAUGUUACUCUCUACUUCCAAAGAACAUAAGCAGAUGGCUCUUUUUUUCAGGGCUUUGUGCCUUAAAUUGGAUUCAUUGUCAUACAGCCAAAUGUCCAUUAGGGAGGGAAGGUUUAAAAACCUUUAAAAUUGUCUGUUUUGUGGGCUAAUCGAGAUUAAACAUACAUGAUUAGCAGUGAGGUUUUUCUUGUUUUGGGUUUUUUUUAACAUAUCAUGUCAUUAUUUUAACUAUUGUCUUUAAAAGACAAUGCAGUUUCCUUAAUGUGAAAUAAACAAUGAUGUUUAAACAUUAUUUCAGUAGCAGUAAGAAGAAGCACUUUUUUAAAAAAAUGUGCAGUGUUAAUUUGGUACAUAAACCAGCAUUACAGGGGAGAAAGGUAAGACAUCUUAUUUAUUUCCUGUGUUGGUUAACUUCUAUCUGGUGAUGCUUUACUAAUUAAUUAUUAAAAAUAAAUAAAAGGCAGAAGAGCCUGCACACUAAUGAAUGUACCCUAUGAAAUAGGCUAUUUUAAGGCGGCAAAAAAAAAAAAAAAAAAGUAGCUAGGCAAAAAGGUGCCAUAAGAUGCAACUUGGCAAAGUGGGGAAGCAAGCCAAAGUAGCGUUUUAUGGGGUUUUUUUAAAGCGCACAUAAGGUAGCAGUGACUGCUACUCACUAUUUCUACGUUUUUUUAAUGGUUAUGUUGGUUCAACGAUUCAGACCUUUGUCAGUAAAAUGUCUGUGCAUUAUGCUAAAUGAAGGGCAGGUAAAGGACACUGACUGUCUUUCAGAAAUUCUUAGUGCACUACAACUGUGGAUUUAAGAUAGCAAGGACUUAAUGGUGUUAGCUGCGGCAUAUGUGCUUGUUGUCAGGAUCAAAAAAAGAUGGCCUAUUUCUAUACUAGCAACAAGAAAUUUUCCUCUAGCCAACUUUUAAACUCGCACUACUGAGCACACAAGGUGCCUGAUUUGGGGGAAAUGAUGUUGUUUGGCAGCUUUAGCUGUUACUACUUGUUUAUUUCUUACUGGAAAGAAUAAGUAGACAAAGUUGUAACUUGCAUGGGUACCACAAUGCAGUGAUGCAGGCACUUGUGUAGCCUGGUGAAGUAUCUACAACUUAAAUUGCACACACUUUGAUGUUACCUCAUUAACUGUUGUAUGAAAGUACAGUCUUAAUAUACAUGUAGGUAGAGGAUAAGUUCUUUAGCCUUUCCUCUUCAUUUGUGGCAAAACUAUUGAUCUGAUGCAUUGGUGCAUUUAACAGUGCUAUUCUCAGAAGAGACACCAAGAUUUUAAAAUCAGUGAGUAAAUGUUUACCUUUCUCCACCACAAAAUAUCUGUUACUAUGCCUGAUAACAAGCACAAACCAUAGUUAAAUUUAAACUAAGGUAAACUUUAAAAAUAUCUUUGUCUAGAUUGGAUUCUGGCAGUUUCCUUGUUUAGAUAAGGUCUGCAUCAGCACAGAAUAAUCUUAAGUUGUAUCUAUAGCAAAAGCUGUGAUUCUUUAACAAAGGAUAUACUUGAAUUCUUAAACUUCAUUUAUGGUAAGAUAUUUGUGAUAGUUCAGCAAUUUCUGAGUAUUAAAACUGAUUGAAAAAUGUGUCAGUUAAUAAAUAAUUUACACGAAA